CUUCCUCCCUAAUCGUCAUCUCCUCCCGGUCCCCGUCCCCCGAUCCCCAAUCAUUCCUCCCCUGACGCCGCGCCGCAACUCGCCGCCACUCCCCGUCGCCGCCGCCGCCGCUUGUCGAAGCUGGUUUGGGGGAUUCGGGGAUUUGACGGAUUAGAGGAAUCGCAGUCGCAGAUGGAGGCCAUGGACGACAUGGCGGCUCUGACGGAGGACAUCCUCCUCCAGAUCUUCUCCCGCGUGGGCAGCAUCAAGGACCUCUUCAAGUUCGCCGUGACAUGCCGGCGGUGGCUGCGCCGCUUCACCGACCCGGCCUUCCUCCGCGGGCUGUGCCUGGACAGCGGCGAGGGCCACCGCGCGCGCCUCCUCGGCUUCUUCUUCCAGCAGACGAGAUUCUAUCGCUGCGAAAAGAUGAUCAAGAUGCGGGUGACGCAGCAGAGCUCGGUCUGUCCGCCCACCUUCCUGCCGGCGCCGUGGUCGCCGCUCGGCCUCACGGAUCGCACCCUCACCUCCUUCCUCGCCGCCGACGACGACACCUUCAACUACGCCGAGCCCCUCGCAGCGCGCUGCGGCAUUGUCCUGAUGCGGCUUGUCCCCCGCACCGCGCUGAUGAUAGCGUGCAGCCACCUCCUCGGCGUCUGCAACCCGAUCACCGGGGAAUGCCACGUUCUCCCGCCUCUGAAUCUCUCCGGCCUCCAUCGCUACUUGACCAGCUACGCCAUCAUCACGUCCACCGACAGCGACCUAGAUGGGAAGCAGCCGCCAUCAUCAUCAUCGUCAGGGCGCUCCACGUUCUCGCAGCUGUACCUCGUCGUCCAACACAAGAAAGACUGUAACGAGUACUUCUACUCCUACUCUGCUGCUACGUGCAGCUGGAGCGCUCCCACCAUGUGCGUGGACGGCCGCCGCUUCUCCCUGGUGGGUGAGAGAUCCGCCGUCGUUCACAAGGGCGCGGCGCACUGGCUGUUUAUUGAUCGUGUAUCUAGCGCAACCCAAGAUGACAUACUGUACAAACUCACCGCGGCGGUGGACACCUCAGAAAUCUCCUUGACAAGGCUCCCCUUUGGUGCUGGAGGCUCACCGCUCCUCUGCGUCAGUGGAGACGGCAAACUUUCGGUCGCUUGCGUGUUUCCCAUCCACAUGAGAGUUUGGACUCAGCAAGAUGACACCCCUGCAACGUGGCUCCGCACUGUGAUCAGGAUACCAUUGGCGGUGCCUUACCCAGACUAUUCCCAUAUAUGUCAGCCCCGCGAGAAGUGGUUUAACUUCAACAGGGGAUCAAUGCUCGUGCUGUACAGGAGCAACGGCGUCUUCAUCCUCGACCUCGAGAAGAAGGUGAUGGAAAAGGUCAUGGACUGCUUACUGCCCCUAUUCAGUGAUAAACUGAACAGGACGGCUGUGGCGUAUGAGAUGGACUUGGUUGAGUUCUUUGUGCUCCAGCUCAGUGGUCUAUGUAGAGGGUCUACAGGAUAAUUACAGAUGUUAUGCAGUGGGAAAAUAUAUGUUCUAGAAUAAGCAAGUUUAAGUUAAACAACAGCAUAUUACAUGGAUCAUAUGCAAACUGUGCAAACUGGCGAGUGAUAUAUCUUGUUCUGUAGCACGGCAUUGUCAUUUUGAUAUGGUUUGACCUUUACUGGUUUCCACUGUAACAUCCCUUCACUGGAAAAACAAAUUCUCUUGAUCUUACAGUUCACAACUACGCAGGUGGCAUUUGCGGCACAGUUCACAAUUUUCUUUGUUUGCCUGUUACGCUUGCUAGCACCUUAAUUUGUCAACUUAUUGCUAGUGUUAAUACUUAUACAUCUGAUGGUGUAAAUCAAAAUAGUUUCUUUCA